AUGGAGAAAGAGUCAGCUUGCGGGACGACGAAUAAACCGAGACGGGCAUGGCAGCCUUUUUCACCAACCGCCAACCAUCCAAACGAUGUCGUGGCUGGACUCCUGACCCCUGUCAACUCACCGUUGCCAUAUUUGGUCUCUCCUUUUAUGAGGUUGCCUUAUAAAUCUAGAUUCUUCUGGAACGUUACCGAUCCAUUAACCCGGCCACGCGUGCCCGCCUGUGGCCCUAGAACCCAGUCCCUUAACCUCGAAGUUAUCCUCCGAUCAAAUUCAACUUCUACACCCAAACAAUUACUUUCGCCUUUUGCUCACUCUCUGGUUCUGCCUUUCUUGCAAAUUCAAACAAAGGUAGCCCUCAUUGGCCAGAAAUGGAUUCCUCUCACAGUUGGGAAUUUAAAAAGGUUUUUCAGCUUUGAUGGGAAUCCUGAGUCCAGUUACAAAAAAGAUGUAAAUUUGAAUUCAGAGGAGAAGAAUCCUGGAUGA